GCAUUGGAACAGAACACAAAAGGUAAUACAUUACAGCACGAACUAAUUGAAGACGAAGGUGCUGUAGCUGGUUCAAGUCCCGCGCUGGCCGAGGCGCUCAAAGUUGUGCGCAGAGAGAAAGUGAUGCUACAGACAAAGCUCAAUACCGCAGCGCUUGAGACCCGCAGUCAUCUGGCACAGCUCAAGAAGAAGGUAUAA